UUCUAAAAAGCCGACCAGCAAUAAUUGUCUGUACAUUGGCUGUCAUCAAUUGCUCACAUCGCAUCAACAUGAAUUUUCUCUGCCCCUUUCACCCUGUAUAAAGUCCUCCUGUUCCCUGAACCUCUCCAACCCAAAAAAACUUUUUUAUUUCCCUUUGCAUCCAGAUAAAACAGAGGCUUCAAGAAAACCAUGGCAGCAAGGAAGGUUAAUGGGUUUCAAGAUAUGUUGCCAAUGAUGGCUGAUAAGCUAGGAGGUGAGGGUCUGAUAAGAGAGUUGUGUAACGGGUUCCAGCUAUUGAUGGAUAAAGAUAAAGGGUUGAUCACAUUCGACAGUCUGAAGAAGAAUUCUGCACUUCUGGGAUUGCAAGAAUUGAGGGAUGACGAUCUUUUGAGCAUGCUUAAAGAAGGCGAUCUUGAUGGAGAUGGAGCGCUUGAUCAGAUGGAAUUUUGUGUGCUUAUGUUCAGACUUAGCCCUGAGUUGAUGCAAGAAUCUGAGGCUUGGCUUGAUCAGGCUCUUCAACAAGAGUUCAGGAGUACCCGUGGACAAUGAUGAUCUUGGCAGAAGAUUAAUGGCAGAAUUGGAGGCAGAAGACAUAUUUUUGAGGUUGAGAUUUUAUGUAACAGUUGUCUGCGGCAGCCUGCCGAGGUUACUGUUGUUUUGUUUCAUUUGGCUAUUUGUUCAUGUUGUGAUAGAAUAUUGGAGAAAGGCAUAGUCAAACUCGAAACAAUAAUUGGGAAUUUUAGUUGGUUUCUCAAUUGUGCAGAUCACAAUUUUUUGUGUUCUUGUUGAAGUAUAUUUUUUUGUGCAAA